AGGCCCUUAAAGAUCACUACGUCUGUUCCAAUCAUUCCAAUAAAAUUUCUAUGCACUCUGUUAUCCGUCAGUUAUUGUGCACUUUUUCGUUCCCUCGCACGAAUUGUUUAUUUGAUAUUGCUUCUUAUACUAUCACCACUGUUAUUAUCUGCGGUAAUUAUUUAGAACACUCCAUCCCACCUUUGAUUUUGACGAAAUUAUCUACUGCUAUUGACAACAUGAAUACCAGAUUCACUGGAAUAGAAUUAGGACCUCCUAUCGAGGUUUUUGCGCUGCAAAAAGCAUUCGUCGACGAUACUCACGAAAAUAAAGUUAAUCUUACUAUAGGAGCUUAUCGUACUAAUGAAGGUAAACCGUGGGUUCUGCCAGUUGUAAGAAAAGUAGAAAAAUCACUUGCGGCAGAUGAUUUACAAAAUCAUGAAUAUUUACCAGUUCUUGGCUUGGAAGCAUUUACUGAGAGUGCUACGAGUAUGUUAUUAGGUGCAAAUUCUCCUCUUAUCGCCCAAGGACGUGCCUUUGGUAUUCAGUCACUCUCCGGUACUGGAGCAUUGCGCGUUGCCGCCGAAUUUUUAAGUCGUAUUUUACAUUACGAUACUUUUUACUACAGUAAACCUUCCUGGGAAAAUCAUAAACUGGUAUUUACUAAUGGAGGAUUUAAAAAUGCCCGUGAAUAUACAUAUUGGAAUGAAAAGACUCGCAAUAUCGAUUUAGAAGGAAUGCUCCGUGAUUUACGGGAUGCGCCAGAAAAUGCUGUAAUCAUUCUGCAUUCGUGCGCACAUAAUCCCACUGGAUGUGAUCCAACUCCGGAGCAAUGGGUUAAAAUAGCCGAUGUAAUACAGGAAAAACAACUUUUUCCGUUAUUUGACAGUGCCUAUCAGGGUUUUGCGAGUGGAGAUUUGGAUAAAGAUGCGUAUGCUGUUCGAAUGUUUGCCGAACGUGGAAUCGAAUUCAUUUGUACGCAAAGUUUUGCGAAGAACUUUGGAUUAUACAACGAAAGAGUUGGUAACACAGUUUUUGUAUUGGCCGAUACGAAGGAGGUGGUUCAAGCUAAAUCACAAUUAACAUUAAUUAUCCGAGGAAUGUACAGCAAUCCUCCUAAUCAUGGUGCUCGAAUUGUUGCGACUGUGCUGAGAAAUCCGGAGUUCUUUGAGGAAUGGAAGGAUCAUAUUAGAACAAUGUCUAGUAGAAUUAAACAAAUGAGAAUAGGUUUACAUCAUAGAUUGCUCAAAUUAGGUACUCCAGGUAUUUGGGAUCAUGUUAUACAGCAAAUUGGAAUGUUCUCGUAUACAGGACUCACCGAGAAACAAGUGCAGUAUCUAAGAGAUCAUUAUCAUAUUUAUAUGUUACGUAGUGGGCGUAUAAAUAUGUGUGGCUUGAAUGAAAAUAAUUUGGAUUAUGUGGCAAAUGCGAUUAAUGAAACGAUAAAGCUGUUCCCAGAAACACACAAUGAUUGCACAUGUUAAGAUAGAAUAUUAUCAAUUAAUAAUACAGUUCAAUAAAAGACAAAACCAGACGA